AUGGAGGUCCUCCUCCAUAUCCUUUCCUAUCUGCACAUUCUGACCAUUGAGCGGCUUGCCAAAACCUUCACGCACUCCUUCACCGACCUUUGCCUCCCCAUCCUCGAGCCAGUCCUCAAAAAACGGAGGGAAAAAGCUCGUUUCAUGGCACGGUUUGGAAUGAUCUCCAAUAUCGCCACUGACGACACUAUGGCCCUUCUCCGUACCCAAAAUUGUCGCCGGGCUCUUCGUCUUUCCCGAGGCACCGCCAUCCGCAGCCAGCUAGAGAUCGCCGAUGCCUUGGACACUAUUGUCCUUCGUGGGGACCUGAAUUGGCUGAAACCUCUCAAUGCGGUGAUGAGUACACGGAUGGAACGCAUGUUUGAGCACGAGCCGCCCACUGAGGACACAACCUACGAUGAUCUUCUCGAGGCUGCAGAGCUCGUCGGAAUUACCAUCCCACCAAUCUUCCUCCGGUUCAUCCGUGAUCCAGAGCUGAUGAAGCGAAUAUAUACUCAUAAUAGUGGUAACCUGAUGGGGUUUAUCCUCGAGGAACCGCUGCUGGUGGAGGACCAGGGGGGUUAUUUCCUGCCCUUCUACUAUGACAACCGUGAACAGAGGUCUCGAACAGGGUUGUAUCUUGA